AUGUAUGAAAUUUACCAAGAAACGUUUAACCGAAAGACAAGAAAGACGAAACACUUAAAUAAAGGCCAGCAGCAAGAACAUCGGUCUCAGCAGACUGUGAAUAGGUAUUACCGAAGGAAAUUGCGAAAGAAGACCACAUGCUCGAACUGUGGAACGGAUGGACACACUGUUUCCAUGUGCCCCGACGUCAAGUUAUUGGAUGAAAAAGUUACAGCCCUCGAUGAAACCGGCGAAAUCUUUGAGAGAGCUGAAAAGGACGAACACAAGUCACUCACGCAUUACUAUCAAAAAUCAUCAGAGACGGGAAAUUUUGAUGGAACGCUUCAGGAUCAAUGCUAUGAAAAUGAAAGUGAACUAGCAAGAGCCGACGAAGAAACUUACUUAAAGGCGCUAAGAAUCUUCGAACCUGAUGAUGAAAGUGGUGAUGAAGCCGAUGAUUUAAAAGACGAAAAGAAAGGAGAAGUCAACGAUGGUGAACAUGAUGACGAUACGACGACUACUAAAAAAGACAACGAAGCAUACGAAAUUAAACAUUACUACGAAAAUGGAAAAAGAAUAGAAAAAGAUGGCGACUAUGCAACCUAUCUGGAUUGUGCUGGAAAUCUUGGAUACAAUGGAGACGACAACGAAGACAGUAAUAAAACCGACAAAGAUGAUGAUGAUAAUGGCGAAUUGAAUGAUGCUGAAGAAAAACACGGAUGGUAUCGGAAUUAUGCUGAAAAUGACGGACGAUCACCCACUCCGGAAAAGGACCUCGAAAUAACUUGUGAAAUAUGGAUGAGAAAA